AUGCAGGUGUUGGGACCUGAGAUCCACUCCCACGGUGGAGCCUCUCAACCUCCUGAUCGCAUACGACAAGACAUCCUCUACAGGCUUCGAUGGAGCAUUUUAUGGUCUGUGGAGGAGAUCACCAUCGAGUCCGGUCUUAAUAAGGACGGCACCGAAAAGCGGCAGCCCUUUCUAUCCCACCCGCUAGCCAUGGAGUCUUUAGCAGACCCUCCCGUAAUCCGCCUGCAACUCAGCAGUGUAGAUCUGUACGAGGCGAAGCAUUUCUACAUGCUGUCGGAAUCCUACUCGGAUGAGCCUGUUGUCAUCGAGAACACAGAUGGACGACCAAUCACGUUCACAGAUUUCGUGACCGAAGCGCACAAAUACCUCAGCCAGCACAAGGACGCCCUAGUCCUUUGCCGAAAGAAUGCUGGAUUCAGCAAUCCGCCUCCACCAGGAGAGUUUGUCGGCCCUUCUCCGUUGUGUGCAUUUUAUACACCUAUCGAGCACAACCUCUUCUUCAAAUCUGCGUUUGGUGUUGAAUGCCCACAAGGCUUCAUCGUUGACAUCGGCACAUUUAUGGAGGGAGAAAGGGGAAGAUCUGCAGAGGCUUUCUGGAAGUCACAGCGAGAGAUGGCAGCCUAUGCGACCUUGCGCAGAGCAAGUAGGCCGAAUGCUGCCCUCUCAUAG